GGCUUACCAACUUCAUUGAAAAAGAAUUACAGAGGGUCCACGCAGCGGUUGGUGGAAGUUGUGGGAACUGUUCAAUUGAAAACCUGAUGUCAUGUCCUACUCCGGGUCUGUGCAACAACAGAAAACGAAAUAACUGUAGGUUUCACCAAACAAAAGUGUUCCAGCAAUGCCAAAUAUGCGAUCAAGUUAAACAAAAAAUCAUAUCGUUCCAUAGAUUUUACAAUCCAUCGUGGCGAAAUACAAAAGCAGAAAGAUGGGCGACCGAACCGUGGGAAAUCGGAAAAUGUUAUUUACCUCCGGAUGGAUACAAAGGUGUCUCCGUGGUGCAGGAAUCGGACUUAAAUGGCAUACUCAGUUUGAUGUUGAACUGCACACACUUCGAAACGUGUCUCUCUGCUAGCCUAUCUCCUAAACCGCCUGACCCACAGUGCCCUUUAGAAAAGGUCCGUCAGAUAGGCCGAGACGUACGACACACAGCCGACUGCAAGUUAAACGAUGCUGAUCUGCAAUACUAUUUUCAAACACUGGCAACGCUACUGGCUGAUCCAAAGUGCUUAAUGCAUGAUCCUUUGGCAAUAACAGCGCGCACGAAAUUAACUCAGUUGCAGAAUGAUCGUUUGUCACUAUUCGAACUGGGCGAGAUGUUGAAAGAUGCCAAUCAAACCCUCAAACAAGCGAAAGAGGCCGGGAAACACUUUUCAAAAGUUGCGGAAAUUACUCUCCAGGAAGCUUUGCAAUCAAUAGAGGCAACUAUACAGGCUGGUAAACAACACAUUGAAACAGUGAUUUCUGAUUCAAAAAAACAAUUAGAUAUACACACGCAAGACAGUGUUAGGAAAAUAUCAGAAGAAACUCGAGUUGGUAUUGAGCGCAUUCAACAAGUAGAAAUCAACCAAGCGAUGGACGACUAUGGACGGGAUGUUGACGAUAUGCUCCGAGGUUUGACGGCGCAUUACGACAAAAAACUAAGUUAUGUGACGACCUCGCCUUUGAAAGAUUGCGUUCAAGAAAAAUUAAGGGACAUCUAUAUGCCACCCAAGCUGCUGCUGAUGACAAAAGACAAACAGUCUUUUAAAAAAACCGGCGUGCAAAUCAAGAACUACGAAAAUAUGUUUUUAGAGCAUGCCAAAGAGAACCAUAAGACGUUUAUUCAAGGCGAGGCCGGAACGGGCAAAUCCACGUUUCUUGCAAAGUUAGUUAUGGACUGGUGUUGUAUUAAAUUAGAAAAACAAUUGAAAACAAAGAUAGCACAUACUGAUACGCAAACGAAUUACGCCUCUUUCUUCAAAGAUUCGUGGUCUCUACACCGUUACAGUUUUGUCUUCCACAUAACGUUGAGAAAUUCGGUAACAGAAAUCUCAAUUUACAACAUGAUCAAGGAACAGAUAAUCGACUCGAUAUAUUCGUCUGAAGAAGAUCGCAAAAGGCCUACACAUUACUGAAUGAGAUAAUGAAACGCGAACUUUGCUUGAUACUAUUAGAUGGUUUGGAUGAAUGGACCGG